CGGGACUAAGCGGAGUCAGUGACUGAGGGCAGUGUGAAGUAGCGCGCGCUGCUUCUGCUGGUGUUUAUUUCUCUCAAUACUCUGUGGGAAUGUUCAAAUGUCUGAGGAUCAGGAAGCACAGACUGAUGAACUGCUGGCUCUAGCGAGUAUUUAUGAUGAGGAGGAGUUUCGCCGAGCCGAAUCCGGCGGUGAAGGUGAAAUCCACCUGUGUCUGGAGCUUCCUCGGGACUUCAAGCUGCUGGUCAAAGGGGAUAAAUGUGUGGAGUACAGCGUGUCCUUCCUGCCUCCUCUGGUCUUGAGUUUCGAGCUUCCUGUCGAUUAUCCUUCCUCAUCAGCGCCGGUGUUUACGCUGAGCUCCAAGUGGCUGUCUAGACUCCAGCUGACGUCUCUGUGUAAGCGUCUGGAUGACCUGUGGCAGGAGAAUAAGGGCAGUGUGGUGCUCUUCACCUGGAUCCAGUUCCUCAAGGAGGAGGCUUUGGACUUCCUGGGCCUGCAGUCUCCUCUGGAGAUCGCCAGCAACAGCAGCAAACGUUCUCAGCUAGAGAGCUGCAGAACCGAUGGAGCCACCGACCGUGCUGAAAGCGCAGGCAUGGAGAAGAAGAAGCCGGUGGAGCUGGACCCCCGUGCGGUUCUGGAGUCGCAUGUGGACCUGCUGUGCCACCUCCUGGACUUUGACGAAGCUCAGAUGCAGAAGUUCUUUGACAAUAAGGUCUUCUGCUGCGGGAUUUGCUUCUCUGAGAAGCCGGGCUCCAGCUGCACGCUCUUUAAAGGGUGUCAGCACGUUUACUGCAAAGCCUGCAUCAAGGAGUUCUUCCAGAUCCAGAUCCGAGACGGCCAAGUUCAGUGCCUUACCUGCCCCGAGCCCAAGUGCGCCUCUGUAGCGACCCCUUCCCAGGUGAAGCUGCUGGUCGGGGAGGACGAGUUUGCGCGCUACGAUCGCUUGUUGCUGCAGAACUCCCUGGACCUUAUGUCGGACGUUGUUUACUGUCCCCGCUCGUCCUGUGGCUCGGCCGUGAUGCUGGAGCCCGACUCCACCAUGGGCCUGUGUCCGGGCUGCCGCUACGCCUUCUGUACGCUCUGCAAGCACGCCUACCACGGCCUCCUCCGCUGCCUGCCCUCCUCCCAGGAGCUCCAUGACCUGCAUGAGAAGUACAUGGCUGCCUCAAAGGAUGAGAAAAAAUUCAUGGAGCAGCGUUUUGGUAAGCAGGUAAUCCAGCGUGUUGUUGAGGAGAACUGCAGUAAGAAGUGGCUGGAAGAGAACUCUAAAUCCUGUCCUCGCUGUGGAUGUCACAUUCAGAAGAUAGAAGGCUGCAACAAAAUGACCUGCUCCACCUGUGGGCGGUACUUUUGCUGGAUCUGCAUGACUCCUCUGUCCCUAACCAACCCUUACGGCCACUACAGAAACCCCAAACUGCCCUGCUACGACAAACUGUUCCACGGCAUACAAGAAGACGAGGGUUCGAGUGAUGAAGAUGAGUAAACAGGAGUUCAGUGACCCCAUCUGGAGGCUUUUCGCUGGUGCACUUCCACCUGCUACCUGCUGUGUAGAACCCCUCGCUUUACAUAGAUUUUUGUCUCAUUUGUAACAGUUCCAAACUAAUUAAUGAUCAUCUCGGUGAAGGAGAUUCAGGAACAAAACAGCUUGAAAUUUGUUGGACACAGAAGCCUCGAUGAGAACGUGAAACUCAAACUGUUCUUCAGACGUGUCUUCAUAAACAAGGUUCUCAUGUUUAUGUCCUUGUGUAUGAGGUACGAGAGACUUUUGUGAGAGGAACGGGUGAGGACUGAGUUUGGAAAUCAUUUCUGUUUGAUCUGAAAAUGAAUGAAUCAGUAAAUUAAAAAAGUUUAAGAAGAAUCAUGUUGAGAUCAGAAUAAAGCUGCUAUUAAAAAUAUCUUAUUUCUCUAUUGGGAUUAUAUAUAUAUAUUUUUUUUUUCUUUGACAAUUCUUUAAUCAAAACAUGAGUAUAUUUGUAUAACUUUAUUCAUGUACCCAUGCUUGCCUCAAUAAAGUGACAUGUAGGCAGCGA